AUGCAAGCAAGUCAGCGUCGGAUGGUUGGGUUGUAUUACGAGGAAUGGCUGCUGCCGGGUCAGCAGCCGGCUUAUCUCUGUCAGCUGUGCAACAGUAAGAAGACGUUCCGUUCAAUCAAGAAUCAUGAGCGGUGGAUCAAACACAAGGAAAGAGACCUGGCCCGCCGUGAACGAUUGCGUGUUGAAGGUCAAAUUGGAGAGGGGCGGGAUACCGGUCGGGUUGACCAGGCCUUGGGGCGCACACUGUCGGUCGGGGGCGUUGGUCAGGCCGACGUGCUUGCGAGAUUGGAUGGGGGCUUUUCAACUGAUCAUUACGAAAAUGAAAUGGACUGGCGCUCUGAUGAUGGGAAUGGAGAAAUGGUCGAAAUACCUGUGCGCAAUGACGACUUCGACGAGCGAUUUUCGGAUGUUAGUUUGGAUGGUCUGGCUGAGCUCGUGCGAGGUAUACGACAUGCGUCUCCGGUUGGUUCGGACUUCUCCAGUGCAGCUCCAUCGGUGUGGGGGUUUGGAAUGGGUGAUGAGGUUGUUGAACCAGGUGGUAAUCGGGCCAUGGAGGAGGCGGAUGGAGAGGCUGAGAGGACAAUUGGCGAUGUGGGCUGGUUCCCAUUCCGCGAGAAAUGCUACUUGGUUGGGAUGUUGCUCAUGGGCCACUUGCAUAACCUAAUGUCAGUGCAGGACUUUGACAAGGUCAGGACCCUAUGGAGUCAUUUUGGGACCUUCAUCCCACAUUGGACAACCCUUAGGAGGGCAAGGGAUGCAAUCAGGAGCAUGUUGAACAUGAACAUGAUCUACAGGCUCAGCCUGUUUGAUAAUAAGUGUUAUUCCCUCAGUCUGCAACAGACCAUAACCAUGGAGAUGGCAAACCCUAUUGUACACAAACAUAUGGAUUUCUACCCAGAAGAUACAUAUGGUUUUAAUGUAUAUAAGCUCAGCCAAAGUCUCAAAUGGCGGGAGGAUUUCCCUGCUGACAUUCGGGUGCAAAUGGUUGAAGUGCACUCAAAACACUUUUACAUUUUUGAGCCCAUUGAAUUGGAUGACAGGAAAAUUGUUGUUCCUGUGUACUUCUACACAUUCAAAGGCCAGCUGUACUCCAAAUGUGUCAAGCCCAAAACUAGGAUCACCAGGGAUAAAGACAAUUGCUCACACAAUCACAUGAUCAUUCCCCAAGAUUUACCAUUUGACUCUUUGGACUUAUUUGUCAUACCAUGUUCAAGAUUUGCAAAGAUAUAUUCUGAAAUAUAUAUGCCCGGGGGUGUUCCCUGUGCCUCAUGGUGUGAAAAUGCCAUCUGGGGUGCUAAAGCAGGAAAAAGCCAAAAGAUAGAUUUCCCCAACCCAUGGAGGGUAAGAGCCAAUGGCCGUAUGAUCCGACAUGUGCCAAUAACCUUGUAUGCGGAUGAUACAUCGGGGAACCGCUCAAAGCAGUGGAAUAAACAUAUCUCCUAUUAUUAUACCCUUUCAGGUCUUUCUCCCAACAUGACUAACCAGCAGUACAAUUGCCAUUUUUUGGCCACUUCAAAUACCACAGGGGCCUUAGAACUGGCUGAUCAGAUUGUGGAUGAACUAAAUGUCCUAGCCACCCAAGGUUUCAAUGCUUAUGAUGUUGGGCGGAACGAGGAUGUCCUGGUAAUGACUAUGGUUCUCUGUUUCCUUGGUGAUUCACCAAUGCACGCAGAGAUUGCAAACACCCCAAUGCCCUCCGUCUCGUUGAACCCAUGCAGGAUGUGUGAUCUGUCUGCUCCCGGAAAGGAUUCCAAGUCCACUCUUGAUUAUGUUAAUGACUUUUUGGGAAAGGACACAGCAGGACAUAAGAUUUCCUAG